AAAAUUGAGCAUUUGAUUUUUUUUUCAGAAAAAAAAUAAAUAAGUUAGCCGAUCAAAAAGCAGAGCCAGAAAUAACUUAUAACAAAUUUAGAUCUAACCACCAUGCGGAAGAAUUGGAGAAAAAUAGACCUAAAAAAAAGGUUAAAACCCCAAUUUCAAAGUAACAGAAUUAACGACCACAAAAUAAUAACAAGCAAAAAAUCGCAAUCUGUCUUAAGCCUUUUUUUAUCCUCAACAAAACCAAUCUCUCAUUUGUUCUUCUGCAUAAUCUCUCACACACUUCUAUUUCUCCCUCUCCUUGUCACAAGGAAAGGGCGUAGAAGAAACCAAAACCUAAACAAAAGAGUAAUAAUAACUCAUUAAAAAAACAAAACAAAACAAAAAUAAACAAAAUGGGUGUCAAGAUGUUACUAAUCUUUGGUCUCUUGAUCUUAGCCAUGGUAGCUAAAUCCGUCAAUGCAACCUACCCAUUGACCAAAUCUUGCAUCAACGGGCAAGGUUGCAUCGGGGAAGAUGAUGAGCUCGAAUCUCUAAUGGAUUCAGAGACAAACCGUCGUCAACUCGCUAGAGGACGCCGUUACAUUGGCUAUGAUGCUCUCAAAAAGAACAAUGUGCCUUGCAGUAGACGUGGCCGAUCUUACUACGAUUGCAAGAAGAGAAGAAGGAAUAAUCCUUAUAGGCGUGGAUGCAGUGCCAUCACGCAUUGCUAUAGGUACGCACGCUAAAUGAUAGAGAGGAAGAUUUGAUUCAACAACGUACGUUCGAUCUUCAUUCUUCAUUCUUGAUCGUUAAUAUUUUAAUUGCCUCUCCUUACUUCCACCUUUUUUUUCAUUCUUUCUUAACGUAUCCUAUGUUAUACGUAUGAUCUAUAUAUAUAUUCUUUUUUUUUGUUCUUUAUUUAAUCAUCAUGAUGCAUAUAAGCUUUUGAUUCAUUGGUAUAUCACUUCUUUUCCUUUGUUGUUGUCCUUUUUUAUUUCGUUUCGUUCAUAUAAUUAAGUUCCGUUUUGUCUAUUAUAUACAUCAUGAUGUUUUAGUAUUUUACAAUUAAGCAUUUUGUUUUAAGACGAGGGGCCAGAUUGGACCUAUUUCUUAUUUUAUAUCUCCUUUUGGAUUU